GUGAGACGGAGGGAGUAGUAUAUUAUUAAGUCAUUUCUAAAUUCUCACUUUUUUGACCAAUUUGGGCCAGUGGAGCAUGGGCCGUUAAUUCAAGCCCAAGCCCAAAUUCAUAGAAGCCUCAAAUGCGAGAAGUGAGAAGAAGGAAACAGAGGAGUGUAGAAAGCAGCAGCAUAAUCUAGAAUAUGGGAGAAACCGCCAGAUUUUUCAUCUCAUUGCUAUAAAUUCUCCUCCUUCAUCCCUUCUCCCCAUCAAGUUAUACAACAAAUUCUCAGCAAUCAAACAAUCGCACGCAUUAAUUCUCUCGAUUAAAAAGCUGAAAAUGUCUCUGAUUCCGAGCUUCUUCGGCAACCGCCGCAGCAACGUCUUCGACCCAUUCUCCCUCGAUGUUUGGGAUCCCUUCGAGGGGUUUAAUUUCCCCUCCUCCGCCCGUGAAACCACCGCGGUGGCCAACGCCCGCAUCGACUGGAAAGAGACGCCGGAGGCUCAUGUGUUCAACGUGGAUGUUCCCGGAUUGAAGAAAGAGGAAGUUAAGGUGGAGGUCGAAGAUGGUGGAAUUCUGCAGAUCAGUGGAGAGAGAAGUAAAGAGCAGGAGGAGAAGAAUGACAAGUGGCACCGCGUGGAGAGGAGCAGCGGGAAGUUCCUCCGCCGCUUCAAGCUGCCGGAGAAUGCGAAGCUGGAGCAGGUGAAGGCGGCCAUGGAGAAUGGGGUGCUGACUGUGACGGUGCCUAAAGAGGAAGUGAAGAAGCCAGAAGUCAAGGCCAUUGAUAUCUCUGGUUAAAUAAUAAAUUAUUUUGAAUUUCGGAUUUGAUUUUGGAGUGAGUGUCGUUUUUGUGUGAAUGGGGUGAUUACGUUGUGUAUUGUGUAAUAUGAUCAAAGAGUGCUGUUAAAUCGUCAAAUAUUAAUAAAAAAGUUUGUUUAAUUACAA